CAACGCGAGAAAAAUUAGUAUUUUUGCACUUCACAAAUUAAUGACCAUGAGCUCGUUUUUGAUAAACUCCAACUACAUCGAGCCCAAGUUCCCUCCCUUCGAGGAGUACGCGCAGCACAGCGGCCCGGGCGGCGGAGACGGCGGCCCGGGCGGGGGCUCCAGCUACCAGCAGCCCCCCGCGCCCGCGGCCCAGCACCUGCCGCCGCCGCCGCAGCCCCAGCUCCCCCACGCGGGCGGCGGCCGCGAGCCCCCCGCCUCCUACUACGCGCCGCGGGCCGCCCGCGAGCCCUCCUACCCCGCGGCCGCGCUCUACCCCGUGCCCGGGGCCGCCGACGCCGCCUACCCUUAUGGCUACCGCGCCGGCGCCAGCCCCGGGCGGCCCCCGCAGCCCGAGCAGCCCCCCGCGCACGCCAAGGGUCCCGCGCACGGCCUGCACGCGAGCCACGUCCUGCCUCCCGGGCGGCAGCCCCCGCCGCCUCCCCCGCAGCAUCGCGCGGCGCCCCCGGCGCCCCCGCGGCGCUGCGAGGCGGCUCCCGCCACCCCGGGCGUCCCGACAGGGGGCAGCGCCCCCGCGUGCCCGCUGCUCCUGGCCGACAAGAGCCCGCCGGGCCUGAAGGGCAAGGAGCCCGUGGUGUACCCCUGGAUGAAGAAGAUCCAUGUCAGCGCCGUCAACCCCAGUUAUAACGGAGGGGAGCCCAAGCGCUCUCGGACCGCCUACACCCGGCAGCAGGUCUUGGAGCUGGAGAAGGAGUUCCACUUUAACCGCUACCUGACCCGGCGGCGCCGCAUCGAGAUCGCCCACACGCUCUGCCUGUCUGAGCGGCAGGUCAAGAUCUGGUUUCAGAACCGGAGGAUGAAGUGGAAGAAAGAUCACAAACUGCCCAACACUAAGAUGCGCUCCUCCAACUCGGCCUCGGCCUCCUCCGCAGGCCCGCCAGGGAAAGCACAGACUCAGAGCCCCCACCCGAAUCCGCACCCCCACCCCCACCAGGGGGCCUCCACACCCAUUCCCUCCUCCAUGUGAUCUUCUAGAGAUCUAGACCAGUUUCUUUCCCUCAUCUGCUUUUCUCCUCUCUUCUGCCCCUUUCCCCAUCCACCCCCUCCCCGUCUGUCCGUCGGGACCACAACAGACCCCAAAACAAAACCCAACUUGAUGAAAAGUGUAAUAAAAAGAAGAGGACAUUAUCCUGGUAAGAGUGUGUGCUGGUUGCCACCCAAGAGAGGACAGUGGCCAGGAUGCUGGCUGGUGGAACAACCUGCUGGCCUAAGAAGGAUGGCUGCCAAGGGCUGGGUACCUGAGAAGGACCACUUGGCCUCCCAUACUUUGGAGAUGGCUGAAGGACCUGUGUAUGUAUAUUUGUUGCAAACAGAAGAAAACAGACCCUUUCCUACCUUCCUUGUCUCCCCUCCCUCAUUCAGGCAGCUCAUACAAGCUUGUCUUGAACUGAAUAAAUGAGUAGACAUUGUGGACCUCACAGGAUUAUUUAAUUCUCAAAAUGUAUAGACCUCAAUGGUAGAUGUGUCACAAUAGUUUCCCUUCCUUGCACUUAUUUAAAAUAUUGUUGUAGAGAUAAUGUUGUCUUAUUCCGAGGCACAGUCUUUGGGGAGAGGGGAGUGCAUUUAGACCCAUGUGCAACUGUACAAAUCGUGGUGUGGCUAUAUAGAAAGCCUUGCUAAGAAUAAACUCUGUUUCAAAAAACAUUAAAGUU